AUGAAUAACAUUUCAGAUGGCGUGUGCAGGUCGAACUUGGAAAAACGAGAGAGGGCUACAUCGUCAGCCAUUCGAAAGUUGGUGCAUGGAACAUGUGGAAACGAAAAUUUCAUAUCUGCUUUGAAAACUCUGAAAACUGAAUUGAAAACUCAAAAUUUGGAUAAAUUAGACAAGUUAGUUGGUCGUGGCUGUACAAAAAAAGAAAAACUCCCAGAUUGUGUUACAAUUUUGAAAUACUUGAAAAAUAACAGUAUUUUAGAUAAAUGUUCGUUAUUUGCAAGUGUUAAUCUGGUUAAAGUUCCUAACCUUGACAAUAUAAUUGAAGUUAAUUUCAAAAAUCUGAAAAACAAAAUUAAAGAAAUGUUGUACGCUCAACAGGUAAAAAUUGUGAAUGCAAUAGACAUGCACGGCAUUGAAAUUUCAACAUUGAACAACAAGAUAAAGUGUUUAGCGUCCAAACGAGAUAACAAUAAUUUUGCCAGUCAUUCGAGUAAUAUUACAACGGCAAUAUUUCCGGAAAAAAAACAACAUCGUAACUAUGCCUAA